AGUGUGCCGAUGAUACACUUUUAGAAGUGGCACACAAAAAGCGUCCAAAAAUGCUACCGCAGUGUGCCGAAAGCACACUAGAAAUGUGUCAAUGGCACGCUAAAAGCAUGCUAGCAGCACAUAAAAAAGCAUACUAGCAGCACAUAAAAAGCAUACUUUGGCACACUUUUUCCAUGCCAUUGGCACAAUUUAAGUGUGCUUUUUCUAAAAGUAUGCUUUUCCGGGACAGUGUGGAUACUGUGAAUCAAAUAUGCCUUAAUUGUGCAAAUGGACUGGACCUGGAUUGCUACUGUUGCUUAUAAGAUGAUUAGCUGGCCCAAUCCGAUUUUGUUCUAUCUUCCUAACACAAGAAUGGUCGUCAGCUAUCCAAUCAAGUCAAGUGAGAAAAUAACGUUAACGUGGACGAACAAAAUUUAUUCAGUUAUAUGCUCUAUUUAUAUUAUGUAACGUUUAGAACGUGAUAGUAAUUGAAAGCUUAUUGUCUGUUCCGCCUACUUUCUUAAGAGUUUUUGUUUUUGUGCCUAAGCCGUAGUUUGAGUGAGUAUCCUCCACAAAUGAAAGUAAUUUCUAAGAUUAUGGUAAUGCUCGAUAGUUUAGUUUUAAGUUCUAGAUUCAAGAUUUUUCAUUUUCUUUUAUAUUUAUACGUGAUCAAUGAGGAUUUUUAUUAGUUUACUAUUAACCAUUGUGAGUAGAAGAAAUUAACGUAUAAUCUGAAUACCAAUUUUUCAAUGUAUGGUUUUUUUUAGGUUUUUGUUGUUGCACAUGCGAUCGACAGUCCAAUAGAAGAAAAAGAAUUCAAAAAAUUAAUUAAAACGAAUAAAAAUGUUCUCGUCUUGUGUUCGACAAAUGAUCUUGAAGCAAAAUCUGGCUUGCAGUUACUUAAACAGAUUGAGUCAAGUAUCAAAGGACGUGGCACAUUAUUGUAUUUAAAUUGCGAAAAAGGAAAAAAAUUAUGCAAAAAACUCAAAAUUGAUCCAGAUAAAUUUGAAUUCAGAUCGUACUUAGAUGGCGAAUUUCAUAAGCUUUAUGAUCGACCAUUGACAACUAAAUCAAUGAUAAAUUUUAUACUUGAUCCAAAAGGUGAUAUGCCAUGGAGUGAAGUUGAAGAAGCCAGAAAUGUUUUACAUUUGAAUACAGUGAAAGAUUUUCAAAAGGCAUUACAAUUACCAAAAAAUAUGCUAGUCAUGUUUUAUGCUCCAUGGUGUGGGUAUUGUACUAAAUUAAAGCCAGACUAUGCACAAGCGGCAAGUGAGAUAACAGGACGAGGUGUUAUAAUGGCCGGUAUGGACGUUGAUAAAGCUGAAAAUUAUCCAAUAAGACAAAAAUUCAAUAUCACCGGAUUUCCAACAAUUUUAUAUUUUGAAAAAGGUGAAAUGAAAUUUCCUUAUGCUGGUGAAAUGAACAAGAAUGGUUUGAUCUCAUGGUUAAAAGAUCCUAAACCAGUUGCACCUGCUAAACAAGAAGAGGAUUUAUUUGCAAUAGAUGGCGAUCGUGACGAUUAUAUUGUUCAUUUGAAUGAUUCAACUUUCGACGCGUUUAUCAAUGAUAAUUCUCAUACAUCUGUAUUAGCGAUUUUUGAACAAUUAACACUUCUAACUGGUGUGGCUCUCAAACCACAUUUUAUUGAAGCAUCGAAAAAUAUGAUGGAACAAAAUAUUAAUGGAAUAUUAGUGGCUAUUGACUCAACUCAAUCUCCAGAAGAUGGAAAAUAUGCGUUUGAUAUACAAGAACGUACAGCAGAAAAAAUCGUCGAUUUUAUGAAAAAUCCCAGUGAACCACCACCGCCAGAAUUAGAAUGGGAAGAACAAGAAACGAGUGUACUACAUUUAAAUGAUGAAAAUAUGAAAAAUACUUUAAAAAAGAAAAAACAUGCUUUGGUUAUGUUUUAUGCCCCAUGGUGUGGACACUGUAAGAAUGCUAAACCUGAAUUCAAUAAUGCUGCAGCAGUUUUCAAAGAUAAUACAAAAGUUGCAUUUUGUGCCGUUGAUUGUACAAAGAGUCAGAAGAAUUGUGAACUAUAUGAAGUCAGAGGUUAUCCAACAAUCAAUUAUUUCAAUUAUGGAAAACUUUUGUAUGCGUAUAAUGGUCAACGAAAUGCACAAGAUUUUAUCAAUUUUAUGAAUGAUCCAGAAGAAUAUCAGAAGAAACAAAGUGCAGAGAGUGAACAAGCUAAAACAGAUCCAAUUGAAUUUUGGCAAGAAUUACCGGGAUAUGAACACGUUCACUUACUAAAACAGAGUACAUUCCAGUCAACGCUUGAUGCUUCAAAGAAAGCUAUUGUGAUGUUUUACGCUCCAUGGUGUCACCAUUGCAAAAUGUCCAAGGGUGAUUAUGCUCAAGCAGCCCUCGAAUUAGCCGAUAAUAAGGCCAUUGUAUUGGGUGCAGUUGAUGCUACAUCGGAACAAGCAUUAGCUGCUCAAUUUAAUGUCCAAGGUUUUCCAGCAUUCAAAUAUUUUGAAAAUGGUCAAUUAAAAUCAGAUUAUGAAGGUGGACGAAAACGAGAAGAUUUUAUUCAAUUUCUAACUUUUCGAUCUUUAUUUGAUCCUACUAUAACCAAAUAUGGACGAAAUGUUGAAACAAAUUAUCGAACUGGAAAUGGCCGAGGCGGUGGUGGUGGUGGUGGUCGAGGAGAAAGACCCCCAGAUGCCAGACCAAGACGAAGAUAUAAUGGAUUUGGUAGUGGAGGAUCAGGUCCUGGCUGUUCUCCUAUGGCAGGUGGAUGA